AUGUGCGGCAUGCAGACUAGCUUGAAAUCGCCUCUCGUCAGGAGCGACUGCUCGACUCGGAUGAUUGCAAGCACAAGAGCAUGCAGACGGUCUCGAUUUCAAGCCGGGGCACGGCUCCGGCGCCUCGUCCAAUCCUCGCCUCAGCAACACAGACUACUCGUCGAUUGGUGGUCGAGUGCCGCCGCUUUCAUUAUCAAGCAUCAAGCUAAAUCUCGAAUCAGGGCUGCCGUAAUCUUGCUCCCCACUUUCCACCAACAGUCACCUGAGGCUACCAUCAAUACAUAG